UAUAUUGUCAAAUCGCAAAGUUCGUAGCACGUAGAAACAUCUGUUCAAUAACGCUGUUUUUAAUUAAUUAUAUAAAAUGUUGGAUCUCUUCAGCAUCUUCAGUAAAGGAGGAAUAGUGCUAUGGUGUUUUCAGGGCACGAGUGAAAUAUUUUCACCGUCGGUGAACGCGCUGAUUCGCAGCGUUAUACUGCAAGAGCGUUCAGGCAACACAACAUUCAACCACAAUUCCCUAACCCUCCAAUACAAGCUCGACAAUGAGUUUGAGCUGGUCUUCGUGGUGGCCUACCAGAGGAUCCUGCAGCUGUCCUACGUGGACAAGUUCCUCAACGAUGUGCACCUGGAGUUCCGGGACAAGUAUAAGAAUGAGCUGCAGGGCGGCAGGCAUGUGGGGGACUUCGAGUUCAAGGCGUGCUUCGAUGCGGUGCUCAAGGGGUGCGAACAGUGGGCCAAGUCCCAGGCUAAAAUUCCUAAGCAAAUGAGGACUUUUGAGGAUUCUCAGAAGUCGAAGAAGACUGUUGCCUCUAUGAUUGAGAGGAAAGGGGAGGAGAAGGGGAAGAAGUCAGUUAAAAUAGUGGAGGCGAAGCUGACGAAUGGUAAACCGGAGGAACCGGAAGAAGAUGACAGUGAUGUGCUGGCCGCGCGCGCGAAACUCGCGCAAAAACUCAACAAGACCAAGAAGGACGUCAAGAAAUCUCCGAAGAGUCCCAAAGUUGAGAAGGACCGUACGAAGAAACCUCGUGUCUGGGAGCUGGGCGGUGGAACCAGGGACCUUCCUGAGCUAGACUUCAGUACUGACAAGCCUGAGGACUCUAACAUCAUCGCUGAUACUCAUUUGGUAGGAAGAAUGACGGGCGCCAUUCGCGACCUGGAGGUAGAAUCGGAAGAAAGCAGCAGCGAUGAAGAGGAAGAGCAAUCAGCUCCCAGCCCCAAGAAAACCGGUGGCAUGUUCAGCAUCUUCAAAGGUUUGGUGGGGUCCAAGGCGUUAACGGAGGAAAGCAUGCGUCCAGUGCUGGACAAGAUGCGCGACCACCUCAUAGCGAAGAACGUGGCGGCCGACAUCGCCAACAAACUGUGCGAGUCUGUGCAAGCCAAGCUACAGGGCAAGGUCCUAGGCACCUUCGACAGCGUAGCUAAAACCAUAAAGGCGACGCUCACAGAGUCGCUGGUUCAAAUCCUGUCGCCCAGACGCCGCGUGGAUAUUCUGCGUGACGCCAUGCACGCCAAGCAGGAGGGCCAGCCUUACGUCAUGGCGUUCUGUGGGGUGAACGGCGUCGGCAAAUCCACGAACCUGGCCAAGAUCUGCUUCUGGCUGAUCGAGAACAACAUGUCGGUACUGAUCGCGGCGUGCGACACGUUCCGCGCCGGCGCGGUGGAGCAGCUGCGCACGCACACGCGGCACCUCAACGCGCUGCAUCCCGAGCAGCGCCACAACAGGACCAUGGUGCAGCUCUACGAGAAGGGAUACGGCAAAGACGCGGCCGGUAUAGCCAUGGAGGCGAUUCGCUAUGCUGCGGACUCUAAGAUCGACGUCGUCCUUAUCGAUACUGCGGGCCGCAUGCAGGACAACGAGCCGCUCAUGCGCGCCUUGGCUAAGCUCAUUAAGGUGAACGAGCCCGACAUGGUGCUUUUCGUCGGCGAGGCCCUCGUCGGGAAUGAAGCCGUGGACCAGCUGGUCAAGUUCAACCAGGCGCUCGCCGAUCACAGCUCGACCGCCAACCCUCACACCAUUGAUGGAAUAGUGCUCACAAAGUUCGACACUAUUGAUGACAAGGUCGGCGCAGCCAUAUCAAUGACAUACAUCACAGGGCAGCCUAUAGUAUUCGUGGGCACCGGCCAGACCUACACCGACCUCAAGGCCCUCAACGCCAACGCUGUCGUGCACGCUCUCAUGAAGUAACUUACCAAGGUUCUAUUAUACUUUAAAGUAUCGGUCACAAUUGAAAUCCCUAUAAAAUAUCGUCACUACUUUGAAAAAAACUUGUAUCUUCUUCUGUCAAUGAAAAAAAAAUAAUUAUUAACCUUGUAAAGCCCACCAUAGUUGGUUUUCCCAUUUUCAAUUUGAACCUUAGUGCGUUUUCACAUUAUCCGAUCCGAUAUCGGAUGUACAGGCGCUAUCUUGGAUUUUUUCCAUUGAAAUCCUUCCGACACCCGAUACCGGAUCGGAUAAUGUGAAAGUGGAGUAUU